AAAAGAUAUAUCUGUCAUUUCAGCACGGUUUAUUUUUAUAAACACAUGAUGUAGCUCCAUUUAGUUAUACUUUUCCCCCAUUAAUUAUCAUUUUUAUUUAUUACAGUUAAUGUUUUCUCAAUUCCAGUUUUUAUUUUGUUAGUUAACUGUGCUAACCUUGGUGAUCAGUAACAUUGAAAUCCUCAUUUUCACCACUAAUUAAUACCUCCAUGCUUUCCUAACUCCUGGUGGAGAGGCGUUACAUAUUUAUUAUGUUCAUUUAUGAUGACAUUGACUUUCAGUUUUCCUACCAGUCAAAGAAAUAUGUUGUGCAAUUUUCUCCCUGUUCAAACUAUUCAAUACAAUUUGAUUAGUUCACCUUAGUUUGAAGCUUUGUCUUCAUCCAUUUUGUCCAAUUAUUAUUAUGAUUGAUUAUCUUUUAUAUUGUUUUUCAGUUAAUUUUGGGUUCAUAGGUCCUGGAGAUAAUAAAUAGAUGUUUGUAAUAUUGUAGAUGUAUAGAAUAUGACCGGACCAGAAGGACAGAGUGGCAGGUAAUUGCACAUCAAUUAUUUUUAUAUUUAGUUUAUUGGACCAAACGGUACCAGGGUAAUCAGAUGUUACCAAGAAGUUAGAAAGCAGGAAAUAAUACAUUUUUGAAAUUGUGUCGUUUUGGAAAAAGGUUUGAUUUCCGUUAUAGUGUGGUGGCAAAGAUGGUGGGAGGGCCAGGAAAAUGCUUACUGAUAGUUUCUGAAGAAAUGUGUGCUGGGCAGAUUAACAUUUAAAGAUAAUUGAGACCGUCAGCUAAAAAUGUCUUCAGAGAAACGAGUCCACUGAAACAAGUCCACUGAAACAAGUCCACUGAAACAAGUCCACUGAAACAAGUGCACUGAAACAAGUCCACUGAAACAAGUCCACUGAAACGAGUCCUUCAGAGGUUCUACUGACUGAUGGAGGAAAUAAAGGUUGGAAGUCAAAUGGUGAGUUAAAGAUUUAUUCCCUGAAACUCUAAAUGCCUCUUCAAUUUUUAGCAACCUUUGAAUUAUGUCAUUAUUUAGAAGGAAAUUAAAGAUAAAUGUGAGAAAAUAGAGAAGCUGAAUCACAUGAGGCCUCCAGUUUGCCCUAUUGCCAAAAUGACUCUGUGUGGAUAUUUACAGUAACAGUAGAAGGAAUUUGGUAGAGUGCGACCUCUAGCAAGUGUAUAGUAAAAUUUAGUAUAAAAUGUGUAUUUCAAAGACAUUUCAAAAUGGCGUUUUAGCUGGUUGGGGGAAUCACUAUCAAACAAAAUACAGCAAAUAAUUUCCUUCCAGUGCACUGACCACAGAGCAGGUUCUCUGUCCAGCUUCUGCAGAGGCUUUGUUUUCUGAUGACAUCUUCCAUGAAACGUCCUGCCGCUGUGAAGAGGCUGAGGCUGAGCUCAGCGGCCGCGCCUGGCCUGUCGCUUCCGGUUGCUGAAUACGGAGAUCAUCAACCGAUGCGCCGCAUGAAGGAGGCGGAGCUGCAGAGAGGAAGAGACGCUGCAGAGAGAGGAAACCGCAGAGCCGAAACCGAAGCAGCGACCCGGAGGGAAACGGAACCGAGUCGAGCGCAGCUUCGGUGCCGAAAGCUGCCCGGAUCUCAUCUGACUGAACUCUUGGGCGAAAUGGAGAAAAAGGAUGGAGCCAGAGCGAUCCCUAGCGCCUGGAGUGUUCCGACCUCCAGUCCACCCAGCUCCGAUGCAGCGGACAGUUCUGCAGGUUCUCAUGUGGAGUGGUGUAAGCAGCUAAUCGCAGCCACCUUAUCCAGUCAGAUCCCAAGAACAGCGCCACCAGAUGUUCUGAACAGGGAUACCAGGGUGUCCAAAAGGCUGAGUUCCUGGAACCGUCCAGCUCUGGGAUUCGGCGCGCUCGUCAAACUUUCACACAACCAAGUGCCUCUUCUGCCAGGAGAAACUGUUCAGAUCACAGUUAAAGAUGUUAUGUAUAUCUGUCCAUUCAGUGGUCUUAUCACUGGCACUCUGACCAUCACUGACUACAAGAUCUACUUUACCAGUUCGAUCAAGGACUCUUUUAUUCUUGAUGUUAACUUGGGAGCUAUAAGCAGAUUGGAGAGCAUUACUGUUCCUAACCAAGGAGAUGACACCAAGGGAAUCGAGUUGGUUUGUAAGGACACAAGGAGCGCCAGGUUUACCUACAAACCAGAAGAGAACCAGCCAGACAUUGAAGAGGUUUUGUCCAAACAUGCUUUCCCUCUGUGCUGCAGUCUGCCGUUUUUCGCCUUCAAGUACAAGGAGCAGUUUCCUGUGGACGGAUGGAAGGUGUACGAUCCCACAGCAGAGUACAACCGACAGGGUCUACCAAAUGAGAGCUGGCGCAUCAGUAAGCUGAACCUCCACUAUGAGCUGUGUGACACCUACCCCUCCAUCCUGGUUCUCCCCAACAACAUGACGGAAGAAGACACAGAACGCGUGGCGUCAUUCAGAGCCAAGCGCCGCCUGCCGGUCUUGUCCUGGAUCCACCCGGAGUCUCAGGCUGCUGUGGUGCGCUGCAGCCAGCCGCUGGUCGGCCCUCUGGACAGCCGCUGCAAAGAGGACGAGCGCUUCCUCCAGAUUGUCAUGGACGCCAACGCGCAGUCCCACAAGCUCACCGUCUUCGAUUCUCGACAGACCAGUGAAGCCCUGUCCAGCAAGGCAAAAGACGGAGGAUAUGAAAAUGAAAAUUUCUAUCCCAACAUUGAGCUUAUUUUCCUGGAAAUUCCAAAUAUCCAUGUGAUCCGGGAGUCUCUCAGGAAGAUGAGGGACGUGAUUUAUCCGACUAUUGAUGAAGCCCGCUGGCAUUCUGCCAUCGACCAGACUCACUGGCUGGACUAUCUACGACUGUUACUGUCAGGAGCUGUGAAAAUAGCCGACAAGCUGGAAUCUGGGAAAACGUCCGUAGUGGUCCACUGCAGUGACGGCUGGGACAGAACGGCCCAGCUCACUUCCCUCUCAAUGCUGAUGCUGGACAGCUACUACCGGACGCUCCGAGGAUUCCAGGUUCUGCUGGAAAAGGAGUGGAUCAGCUUCGGACACAGAUUUGCUUCUCGCAUUGGUCACGGUGAUAAGAGCCAUACCAACACAGAGCGCUCACCUCUGUUUGUCCAGUUUAUGGACUGUGUUUGGCAGAUGACCCGACAGUUUCCUUCGGCCUUUGAAUUUAAUGAGCUGUUCCUCAUCACCGUCCUGGAUCAUCUCUACAGCUGCCUCUUUGGCACCUUCCUCUGCAACAGUGAGCAGGAGAAGUCAGCCAAGGAGGUUCAAACCAAGACAGUGUCCCUGUGGUCCUACAUCAACAGCCAGCCCAGUGAAUUCACCAACCCGUUCUACCUGGUCUAUGAGAACUGCGUUCUGUAUCCGCUGCUUUCCUCCAGACACCUGGAGCUGUGGACCAGCUACUACGCCCGCUGGAACCCACGCAUGAGGCCACAGGUGCCAGUGCAUCAGACGCUGAAGGACUUGCUGUUCCUCAGAGCAGAGCUGCAGAGGAGGGUGGAGGAGCUGAACACACACCCAGCACCGGAACACCCGAGCCCUUACACAGGAACCUCACUUCACUCUGCUGUUUGAGACACUGAAGUGUCCUAUCCAAAGUUUUGACCAAAUAAUAAGGACAACAAUGUUUUCAGUCGAAGAAAAUCUUCUUUUUCUUUUUUUCCUCAAAUAAAAUGUGUAAAGUCAAAUAUCAGAAAGGAUUUUAUUCCAGCGACGGAACUAACGUGAAAGCAGGCGGCACAAUACGGGGUGUUUGCAGGAAAAUAACAACCCUGGCGCACGGCGAGGAAGGAGGUAAAAAAAAA